UCACGUGGUUUGAUUACGAAUCACAUGAUUCGUGUGAAGGGAAGCAGUGAGGAUGGCUGUGUACCUGCAGUGGCGGAAAUUCGUGUUUUUUGAGAAGGAGUCGGUGCGGUUCCCCGGGGAUGGCGGAAAGGCGCUUUCCCUGCCGCCUGGACUGAUAGUAUGCGACUCCGGCCGGGGCAGUCUGGUGUUUGGGGAUAUGACCGGACAGAUCUGGUUCUUGUCCCGGUCCCUUCAGCUCACCUCCUUCCAGGCAUACAAACUUCGUGUUACCCAUCUUCAUCAGCUGAAACAACACAACAUCCUUGUCUCUGUCGGGGAGGAUGAGGAAGGCACAAACCCUCUGGUGAAAGUCUGGAACUUAGAAAAACGUGAUGGGGGCAACCCCCUUUGCACUAGAAUUUUCCCAGCCAUUCCUGGUAAUAAACCCACCGUCGUAUCCUGCAUCACAGUUCAUGAAAACAUCAACUUUAUGCCUUUAGGUUUUGCAGAUGGAAGUGUGGUUUUAACCAAGGGUGACAUAACACGAGACAGACACAGUAAGACCCAAAUUUUGCAGGAAGGGAGCUUCCCUGUUACAGGCAUGGCUUUCAGACAAACCGGCAAGACGACCCAUCUAUUUGUUGUAACAACAGAGUAUGUGAAGGCCUAUGAGUUGACACUUAAGGAUUACCCAUUCAUCGAACUAGAUUCUCAUGGCUGCGGCCUGCGUUGCUCAGCCUUGUCUGACCCAUCGCAAGACAUGCAAUUUGUGGUGGCCGGUAACGAAUGCAUAUAUUUAUACCAGCCAGACGAGAGAGGACCCUGCUUUGCUUUUGAAGGACAGAAAUUGAUUGUGCAUUGGUAUCGGGGCUACCUGAUCAUUGUAACAAAAGAGAGAUCAGACUUUGCUGUGCGUUCAGGAGAUAGCCAUGCACCUGACAGACAGACAUUGACCAUUUAUGAUUUGGGAAACAAGCUUAUUGCAUACAGCUGCACACUGACUGAGGUGGUGGAUGUUUUGGCUGAAUGGGGCUCUCUUUACGUCCUGACACGUGAUGGCUUCCUGCAUGCUUUCCAUGAGAAGGACACACAGACUAAACUAGAGAUGCUGUUUAAGAAAAACCUGUAUGUAAUGGCCAUUUCUCUGGCAAAAAGUCAGCACCUGGACAGUGAUGGGUUGUCUGAGAUCUUUCGCCAGUAUGGAGAUCACCUAUAUAGUAAAGGGGAUCAUGAUGGGGCUAUCCAACAAUAUAUCCGCACAAUUGGAAAAUUAGAGCCCUCCUAUGUGAUCCGAAAAUUUCUAGAUGCCCAGCGGAUACAUAAUUUGACAGCGUAUCUUCAGGCUUUGCAUUUGCAAUCUCUAGCCAAUGCAGACCACACCACUCUAUUACUGAACUGCUACACAAAGCUAAAGGACAGCGCUCAUCUGGAGGAGUUUAUUAAAGGCAGUGUGGAUGAAGUACAUUUUGAUGUGGAAAUAGCUAUUAAGGUUCUUCGGCAAGCUGGUUAUCAUUCGCAUGCCCUGUACUUGGCAGAAAAACAUGCCCAUCAUGAAUGGUAUUUAAAGAUACAGCUAGAAGAUAUCAAGAAUUUUCAAGAAGCUUUGAGAUACAUUGGACGGCUUCCUUUCCCUCAAAUAGAAAGCAAUAUGAAAUGCUACGGAAAGAUACUCAUGUAUCAUGUGCCCAAUGAGACAACACAGCUGUUGAAAGACUUAUGUACCAACUUUGCUCAGAAUGAGGGAAGAGAGAAGGCAAAUCCUGAAGAAUUCAUUCCUAUUUUUGCCAACAAUCCUUGUGAACUAAAGGACUUUCUUGAACAUAUGAUACAAGUACUGAGUGAUUCCCCCCAAGGAGUAUAUGAUACUUUGCUGGAGUUGCGUUUGCAAAACUGGGCACAUGAGAAAGAGCCUCAAGCACGGCAGCAACUUCAAAAUGAUGUCAUGACCCUUCUGAAGAGUGGACACUUUAAGAAUGUGUUUGAUAAAGCUCUUGUCCUAUGCCAAAUGCACAAUUUUCAGAAAGGAGUGCUGUAUCUGUAUGAGCAAGGCAAACUUUUUCAGCAAAUUAUGCAUUACCACAUGCAAAACAAUCAGUACCAAGAAGUGAUUGAAGCUUGUAAACAGUACGGGGAGCAAGAGAGCUGUCUGUGGGAGCAAGCACUUGGCUACUUUGCCCGCAAAGAGGAAGAUUGUAAGGAACACAUUGCCACUGUGCUGAAACAUAUUGAAAGGAAAAAUCUCAUGCCUCCGCUACUAGUGGUGCAGACACUGGCUCAUAAUUCCACAGCCACUCUGUCUGUGAUUAGGGACUACUUAAUCAACAAAAUGCAGAAACUGAGCCAGCAGACAGAAGAUGAUGAAAGAACUGUUAAAAAAUACAGGGAGGAGACCGCUCGCAUUCGCCGAGAGAUCCACGAACUGCGUAAUAGCCCCAAGACUUUCCAGAAGACGAAAUGUAGUAUCUGCAGCAGUGCUCUAGAACUUCCGUCGGUGCACUUUUUGUGCGGUCACUCCUUUCACCAACACUGCUUUGAGAGCUACGCAGAGAGUGACUCUGACUGCCCAACCUGCCUGCCUGAGAACCGCCAAGUCCUUGAUAUGAUCAGAGCCCAGGAGGAGAAGAAAGAUCUCUAUGAGCACUUCCAGCACCAGCUGAAGUGUUCCAGUGAUGGAUUCAGUGUGGUUGCGGAAUACUUUGGUCGUGGUGUGUUCAACAAACUUACGCUAAUUACAGAUGUCCCUGCAGAGAAAUCCAGAAUAACAAAGGAUGUGGGGUUACAACGUGACCUGCUUAUAAACACCAGAAGAAAUGUGUAAUCCUGACACAGACCAUAAACAUUCUGAAACAUCUUAUGAUGUAUG